CCCGAACCAAUUUCCGGUUCAUGAGAGCAACAGCAUCAAAUCUUGGCACUGCAAUAGUGUUGAAACGCAACGUUAGUUUAAACUGCAACCUGUUCCCAUGUAGAGCUUUGCGAUGAUUUCUCAGCUCCAGCGGUUCACGAGCCGCACGAUCUCCUGCCUUAUCAAUCCCUCCGUAUCUUCCGAGUCAAGACGUAUUGGUUAUUGCCUUCCAGUGAGUUUGUUGCAGCUUGCCUGUACUGGUUCUUGUUCAACAUCCACAUCUUUCCGAGUCUAGUCGUCAAAUCACCAUGCAAGCCCUUAAGUUUGAGAAGACUGGGUCCCUCGAUGAGUUGUCUCUGGUUAACAUUGACAAACCCAUAUUACGUCCCGGCGAGGCUCUUGUACGCGUCAGAGCUGCCGGUAUCAACGGGUCCGAUGCUGCAGGCGUCUUAGGUACGCUUCCAUUUGUGACCACCCCGCGCAUUCCUGGCAGAGAUUUCUCCGGGGAAGUCGUUGAAGUCCUGGACUCGCCUGGGGCCUCGAGUCAAGAGUGGAUUGGAGCAGAAGUGUGGGGAACAGGAAGCGAGAGGGGUUUCACUUUGGAUGGAACAUUUUCUCAAUAUGUUGCUGUCCCAAUCGCUGUAUUGAGCCGGAAGCCAGCAUCUCUUGACCACUCCAGAGCUGGUAGCAUGACCCUGCCAUGGUUAUGUGCCUGGAUUACAGUUGACACCCUUGCGAAUGUUAAGGAGGGAGACAAUGUUAUUAUCAUUGGUGCUCGAGGCGGUAUUGGCUCCGCAGCAGCCCAGCUCUGCAAGGAGCGCGGGGCACGCAUAUUCGGCACCUACAGCUCGCUCGCCAAAGUGACACCCCCAUCAUAUGUCACGCCCAUCGAACUAGGCUCCAAAAACGCCAUCCGCGAGGCCAUCGCCAAGGCAGGACUGCAGAACAAAAUUGACGUUUUGCUGGACUGCGCUGGCUACGACCAGCCGUUCAACGAUGCGAUUUUCACUAUGACAUCAGACGGCACCGGUCGUGUCGUGGUCAUGGCUGUCCAUGCAAAGGACGGGCUAUUCCCCAUCAACCUGCGGGCAUUUUAUACAAAGGCCCUUACGUUAAAGGGCAUGUUGUCGAGUAUUCUGGGCCCGUUGGAGGUCAAGGAGGUACUGGAUGACCUUGCGAAGAAAAUUGAUGGUGGGCUGCUAGAGGGGCCGAAGGAGGUCAACGAAGUUGAUAUGAGGAACAUGGACAAUGUGAAGGGUGCUCUGCAGGAGAUUUUAACUCGAGCUUCUCCUGUUCGUUCAGUGAUCAUUCCCUGAACAUUUCCGUCAUACGUAUCACCAGCAUCUGUGAACCUUAUCGCAUUUGUGAUGUCACUAGGAUAGUUAUUAUGUAAUAGAUCAAGUAUAUUCACGAUUCGAACCCCA